GUGCUUUGCAGAGCGAGACAACUCUCACGGGCACGUCAAGCUGCAGGCCUAUGGGCUAUGGACUAUGGCGUUGCUGAUCCAGCUGGAGCUUUGGAGCUUGUUCGCUGACGAAGUGCGUGCAAGUGUUCGCUCACGGCGAUCGUCCGUGGCAUGGGGAGAAGGACAUGUUACAACUUAGCUGCCACGGGAGGAUCUAUCAUUGUUGCAGGCGUGGAGGUGCAAUACUUGGAGGAAUUCCAGCUCUGUGAUCAGGAAUUAGGGUUUUGACAUAAUUGGUGCGUGGUGCAGUGAGGGCCUACGUCUAUCGUGUCGGUGUAAUUCACCAAUCGAAAACUUGAAGAAAAUGUCGAAGCGGAGGUUUGGAUUCGAGGGUUUUGGCAUAAGCAAGAAAACGAAUUUCGAAUUUGAGGCGCAACCUGCCAAGCCGCGUCUGUAUUUACCAUCCCCUUCACGGAAUAGGCGCUCCGACAACGUGGAGGAUCAUGAUUUAGAUAACAUUGGAUACGAGGACGAUGAGCGUGACUCUGAGAAUUUCAUGGACCGUGCUCUGCCUAAUGCCUCUAGAAGUAGUCAAUGUGCUAGUGGAUCAUUGGGCAAGCCACUGAAGGGGAAACAGGAUGAACCAUGGUUUGGAAGCGAUGACGAUGACAAUGACAAUCAUGCAGGAGGUGGCGCCGUGCCUGAUGAUGAUGAAGUCGAUCCGCUCGAUGCGUUCAUGGAAGGCAUUCGCGAGGAGGUGAAGAAAGCACCUGUAAAACCCAGAGCUAUAGUCGAAGAGUUGGAGGAUGACGAAGAUGAUCCAAUGGAGAGUUUUCUCAAGGCUCGACGGGACGCAGGCCUCUCAUUGGCUGCUGAAGCCUUGCACGCUGGUUAUGAUAGUGACGAGGAAGUGUACGCGGCUGCGAAGGCAGUUGACAAUGGACAGAUUGAGUACGACUUUGAUGACAAUGCAAUUGUGACCUUAGACAAAAAGAAGAUCGAGUCUCUUGCUCCUCUAGACCACAGUGACCUGGAUUAUGAUCGAUUUUCGAAGGACUUCUACGAAGAGUCUGCCUCAAUUUCAAGUAUGACUGAAGAGGAAGUAGCAGUCUAUCGCAAAUCACUGGCUAUUAGGGUAUCGGGAUUUGACGUUUCAAGACCUGUGAAGACGUUUGAAGACUUAAGUUUUGAUCCUCCGUUGAUGAAUGCAAUGGCAAAACAGGGUUACGAAAAACCUACUGCGAUUCAAUGCCAGGCUUGUCCGAUAGUAUUGUCAGGUCGAGACUUGAUAGGAAUCGCUAAGACCGGAUCAGGAAAGACCGCAGCCUUUGUUCUGCCUAUGAUGGUACAUAUUAUGGAUCAACCAGAUCUUAGUAAGGGCGAAGGUCCUAUUGGUGUUAUUUGUGCACCAACACGUGAGCUUGCUCAACAAAUUUAUUCGGAGGCCAAGAAAUUUGCUAAGGUGUAUGGUAUCAGAGUCUCGGGUGUUUAUGGAGGGAUGUCCAAGUUUGAGCAGUUCAAAGAGUUGAAGGCUGGAUGCGAGGUAGUAGUUGCUACCCCUGGACGCUUGAUAGACAUGAUAAAGAUGAAAGCGUUGACGAUGCGCCAGGCAACAUAUGUUGUGCUUGAUGAAGCUGAUCGCAUGUUCGAUCUAGGGUUUGAACCUCAGAUUCGAUCCAUUGUCGGGCAAAUCAGGCCCGAUCGCCAAACGUUACUAUUUUCUGCUACUAUGCCAAAGCGAGUGGAGCGUCUUGCUCGUGAGAUUCUGACAGAUCCAAUCAGGGUCACAGUUGGUGAAGUUGGAAGUGCAAAUGAAGAUAUUACGCAGGUGGUGACUGUUCUGCCUUCCGACGCCGAGAAAACUCCUUGGUUAAUUGACAGGCUGCAGAAUUUCGUAGAUGAUGGAGAUGUUCUGGUAUUUGCGUCUACAAAGUUGAGAGUGGAGGAGCUAGAGGGAAAAAUUACCGAGAAGGGCUUUAAAGUCGCUGCUCUUCAUGGAGACAAGAGCCAGGCUACAAGAAUGGAAGUUUUGCAGAAUUUUAAGAAUGGAAUUUAUCAUAUUCUUGUGGCAACUGAUGUAGCAGCUCGAGGUUUGGACAUUAAGUCUAUUAAAACGGUUGUGAAUGUUGAUAUCGCUAGAGAUAUGGAUAGUCAUGUACACCGGAUUGGACGAACAGGGAGAGCUGGUGAUAAAGAUGGGGUGGCUCAUACACUUGUGACAGGAAAGGAAGCCCGUUUUGCUGGUGAACUUGUGACAAGCCUCAUUGCGGCAGGACAGAAUGUCCCCACAGAGCUGAAGGACCUUGCCAUGAAGGAUGGUCGUUACCGUGCUCAACGAGAGGGACAGCGUAAGGGGGGAGGAGGAGGAGGAGGUGGUGGUGGUGGUAGAGGAAAAGGUAGAGGUCGUGGUGGAGGACAGGGGAAAGAUGGACGAGGUGGAGGUGGAGGGCGGAAUGUUCGAGGUGUUGACUUUGGCUUAGGUAUUGGCUACAGUGCCGAUGCUGCGAGUACCGCACCCAGUGCACCUCUAGAAAAAACGCCCAAAGUUCAAUACAAGAGAGAAGAGGUUCCAACACGAGGCACUGCUGUGGAUUCUCUUAAACUAGGAAUGAUGGCUCGAUUCAAGAGCAGUUUCGUUGCAGCCAAUACAGCCAACUCUGUAAGCUACACGCCAUCUCAAGCGAAUACUCCACAAGGGCUUGUCUAUGGUGCCAAACCAACAGUUAACGGAAAGGGCCGCGGAAACUUUGUAUCUGCAGGUAUUGGUUUUGGAUCUCAAUCUGGGUCCGGCUUCACAUCGGCAGGCUCUUCUGCUCAUACAUUAGGAGAUUUCCAGGGUGGAAACGCAGUUGGGAGGCAAGUUCCAAGUUCAACUGGGUCUACGGGUGGGAUUCCUCCGUCUUUAAACGCUUCCUAUUCUAGGGAAGUUUUGAAUGCAGGAUGUGUCCCGCCAGCUGCUACUGCUGUAGGAGUUGAGAGAGCAGUGGAUAGAGAUGGUGGAAGAGAAAGGGAGAGGUCAAGGUGGGACAGGGAUCAGGAUCAGAUCACAAAUAGUAAACAGGAUCCUCGAGAAGCAAGUAGUCUUGAAGACGGGAAACCAGAUCAUCAGUCUGAUAGGGAAAGGCCUAGACAGCGACGACGCCCUUCAGGUUGGGAUCGGUAACGGUUGAUCUAGUUCAUGGACUAAAGUGAUCUUCUUGAAGUUAUUGCUAGCGUUAGGAUGUUGGAGGACAUCUGUAUAGCAUGCAGCGCGGCUAAUUUAUGUCUAAUACGAUGGCCACUACAUGCUUCGAUGGCUCCUGCACAAGUUUCUUCCUCUCUGGUCAAGGUUUAAAUGUUUUGUGAAGGGUUUAGCUCUGGUGAAUCUAGAGUUCAGAAAUGUAAUUACUGUCUCUCUACUUAUGCUUGACCUUGAAGGAGACCUCUAUGAUCACUGACUUGUGAUCUGCAGCUGCUAGAGAGUUUUUAGUGUAGAGGAAGUUGCCAUGAGAGCCUCCGUCAAAUUUUUAUUUGUAUAAUAAUACGACCACGGUUACUUAGACCCUGAACAUCA